AUGACGAACCACGCCACUGCACCGCACGCCACUGGCACCACACCACACAAUGUUGAUGCACCAGCCACCGCUGCACCAUCCACCGCUGCACCAUCCACCGCUGCACCAGCCACCGCUGCACCAUCCACCGCUGCACCAUCCACCGCUGCACCAUCCACCGCUGCACCAUCCACCGCUGCACCAUCCACCGCUGCACCGUCCACCGCUGCACCAGCCACCGCUGCACCAUCCACCGCUGCACCAUCCACCGCUGCACCAGCCACCGCUGCACCAUCCACCGCUGCACCAUCCACCGCUGCACCAGCCACCGCUGCACCAUCCACCGCUGCACCAUCCACCGCUGCACCAUCCACCGCUGCACCAUCCACUGCUGCACCGGCCACGGCUGCACCAUCCACCGCAGCACCGACCACAGUGCCAACCCCCCUGCGUGGACAGAAGAAGCAGACUUCCAAAAUUUGCCCCAUCUGCCAUCUUAAGUUUAACAUGAAAAACUUAAAAAGGCACAUUCAAAGGAAGCACACUAAAAAGCAAACAGACAUUACUCUUAGAAGUGAGUGUGUAGAUCCCAUCAAUGGAAUCUAUGCUGUUGCAAAAAUUCCUUGUGGCGCUAGUAUUCCUCUGCAUGUCCAAAUGAAGGUAUGGGGGGAAAAUCAGCAUGUUUCCUGCGAAUCUGCGGAGUGCCAGAGGAACAUGGAAUUUGCAUGGAGGAGCGGAUUAACAUCGUACCAAUGCGUUCACCUCAAAUCUGUACCAUAUUGUACAACAUACGCUCCCCAUCCUGUUCUUACUGAAACAACACUCACAGAGAUGGUUACCAGCAAGUGGUUUGGGGAGGACAAAAAACAGCUCUGCCUCGCUCGACAAAAGCUUGCCAAUGUCAAAAAAAUACCUCUGUCUGUGUACACUGAAGUUGGAACACCCCAGUCAAGAAAAUGCAUUUCAAUUUACGAACCCACAGUUACAUACUACAGUAGGUUGGGCAGAGUCAUGGUAUCUUAUGAUUCCAAAAAGAAUACAUGGCACUGCCCCUGCAUACAUUCAAAGAGAUCAUGCCCACACAAAUACAUAGCUAAAUGGCACUUAUUUGAAACAGACCGCAACUUAUUCAGAAAAGUACGGAGUACCGACGAGGAGACAUUCCCAAGCACAGCAACAGAGGACAGUUAUGAUGAAACCAAUAGGGAAAACCUUCUGUAUCCACCUAAUGAUGAAAAAAAAAUGGAAGGCAUGAUCAAGUACAUCCUCCAAAACAAAAAAUUGCCUGCUGUUCUCCCAGAAAAUGUUCGCCUUCCAUCAGUGGAAAAGGACUAUCCGCGGCACCUCAUUCCACAGGAAACCAUAUGCCAGCACUGUGCAGGAAAGGUGCCCUUGAGCGACCCGAUCCUCAUUACCUGCAAGGCCAAAAUUCUCACCACCACGCAGGUUGUUCAAGACAUCUCAACCUACUUUAAAUCCUGCCCACAAUGUGGAGCAUACUUCCGCUAUCAAGAGUGGAAAGAUGGUCUACACAACUUUGAUGAUCAUGUUGUACUCGACCUCCCUCUGUGCAUAAGCAUACGGAACUUGCUCCAGGUCCACACUGCAGUGAGCAGAGUGGUUGAGUAUUUGGAGUUGACAACAGGUGUGAAGUUCCCCUCUGCUGAUUCGGUGCUCCAUGGUUAUCUCCACUUUGAAGCCCUUACAGCACAUGAAUACAAUUAUUCAUGCAUAACCUGUGGAGAUCAUCCACCUGUGGUCAUCAUGGACCUCCACAAGAAGGGAGCCUUCCAUUUGUCAGUAAGUGACCUUCCCCAGCCUCCUGAGGACUUCAAUGGAGAGGUUGAUAUUGAAAGUUUUUGGGAGGCACUUUCAAUGGAAAGAAUCGGCCGGGGAUUUGUUACAAGUCAACAAAACAACCCAUUUGCUGUUCCUCCUUCAUUUCACUUUUGGGCACCAUGGAUUGGAAGAAAUACUCGCCGCUCAACCCAAGUAAUCAAUACAGAAUUUCACAAAAUCCAUCCAUCAAAACAAGCUGAGGUCCGGGAAAUAACUGUCUCUGAAGACCGGCUGACAGAAGAAUUGUACAAGCAGAAGGUUGAAGUGAUUCGUACAUUAUGCAGGGAGUGUGGAUUGGAUUCAUCUGGGUCACGCACUGAUCUCCUCCAGAGAUUGUCAGAUGAAAUGAAGUCAAGAGAGGCUUACGACAAGGUCUUCCAAAAGAUUUGGGCUGCGUCAGGUGGCUGGGCUGUGAUUAUGUGUCCCUGUGGCAUAGUCUACAGUGUUAAAUGUAACAUCCGAGCGGAAAGCCCACGUGAUUUUGCAGAUCUUCUCCUUUCUUGGAAACACAUGCCAAACAUUGUGAUAUAUGACUUUGCACGUGGACUGGCAACACACAUGAAUUUAAGAGAACCUCAAAGACUGCCUUUCAAUCCUUUUGAAGGACGGUUAUCUGCACCAACUCCAGACAACAUAAAGCAGGCAAAAGUAGGAAAGCUGACGGUGACACUACCUUGGCUGACCUGUAAGAAGCAGGUCCCAGACAGUGGUGGUCAUCCGAUCACCGGUUCAGCACAGCAUUAUGCUCUUUAUGACAGAUUCCACGAGGAUAAUACUAAGGAUGAUCGAGAUGUGCUGCGGAAGCUUGGCCUUGUCCCGCAGCUUGCUGGCAAGGUCAACAGUCAAGUAGCAGAACAGUUGUUUUCAAGGAUGAAAAAGAACAAUUAUUUCCUCAACAUGAGUUUACCAUCAACCCAUCUGUUCCUCAUGAGGAAUAUCCUUCACCAUGAUAAUAUGAACAAAAACAAACAAAGACUUGACAACAUCAAAAGGGCAUUUGGAGGAAAUGAUGUAUCUAUGAACAGCUACAGCCAGGCAGUAUUGGGAAACCCAGUAAUAACAGAUGCAUCUAGCACUGCUCCAAUGGACACUGAUGAACCACUUGGUGUGGCAGCAGCCUCCACUGUGCCCUCAACAUUAACCCCAGGUGUGGCAGCAGCCUCCACUGUGCCCUCAACAUUAACCCCAGGUGUGGCAGCAGCCUCCACUGUGCCCUCAACAUUAACCCCAGGUGUGGCAGCAGCCUCCACUGUGCCCUCCAUAACGGCAGCAACAAAGAAGUUCUGGGAAGAGGACUGGAACCCUGUCCAGGAAAAACUGCUCAAUUAUGUGCUGGACAAGGGAAAGCCAGGGUCAGAAUAUAUUGUUAAAGAAGGAGACAUAUGUCUGACACGUGAAGAAUUCUGGAGCCUGGGGUUGCUCAGAGACAUGGAUUCAACUAUUGGAAAUGCCUGCAUGACAAUUAUCAACGAAUUAGCUCUGCUACAUGGAAAAGACAUUUAUAUAGCAGACAUGUUUGUAGUUCCUACAUGGAAGAUUACACCACCCAACAUGCUUUACUUUCCAGCGGAUCUAGACAUGAAAGACUUCUUAGUCUUCCCUGCUUGGACCAACGCAUAUGGGCCAGACCACUACGUUCUCUGUUACACCCUGUCCCUUGUCCUCAACACUGGGUUUGAGUUCCAAGAGAUGGACAUGCCUUUGAUUCGAAAGUGGUGGUGUCUGUUUCUAAUGGAGCGUUUCGAAAUCCAAGGGCAUGGCCAGAGGUUUGCCUUUUGGACUGAAGAGGCCAAAGGAUUGCUUCAGGGAAACUACAACCCUGUUUACAGAGUCCCAAGAGGGAAUGCCAGCACUUGGAAGCAUCCAGAACCUGUGCAGGCAGCCAUUGACCGUUCUGCAGAGGAAAAGAGGCUGGUGGACCUCAUUGUGCAGUCCCAGGAGGCUGAACAACAUUUGAUGGAUGUACUCAACGGGAAGUCGAGACAGUUCAGGAAGACGACUUCUGAGGUGCCUGUCUACCUCUGCACUGAAGAACACCAAGACAGGCUCUUCCAGCAUCUCCAGGACAUCGUGCACCAAGCAAGAACUGCUAACUUCACUGAUGAGGUGGAGUUCAUCUUGGAGGUUCUGUUUCCAGAGGUAGGGAUCACCAUUAAAGGCCUGUAA